GCAUUAUUGAACUGACAGCGCCAAUUCCUACUUUACCUCAUGAAAUACCGCGCCAUUCUUCUCGACUGAGAAGGAUAAUGUCCUCAAUAGCAAAGGUAGAACAAGGGAAUUCAGAUAUCGACCAUUGGAAAUCAACGGGUGGUCGAAGGAAUCGGUGGUAGACUGGCUACAGGAGGAAUCUCGAAGACCUACAUCGGACCCAUCCUAUCGAAGGAAGUGUAUGAAAUGCCUUGAUGUACUCGUCAGAAGAUACCACAUAUUUCCCUCUUCGUUUUUCAUCAAGGAUAUCAGUCUAGAUGGUCACCGCCCCAAGAAACGAGGAGGAUUCGCUGAUAUAUAUAAAGGGACCGUUGGAGCCGGAAAUGUAUGUCUGAAGCGUUUGCGGCUAUACUUGGACUACGACGAAAGCAAGCUAAACGCAGUUAUUUCGGAUUUCUGCAAGGAAGCGUUGAUCUGGACUCAACUCUCGCAUCCCAACAUCCUUCCGUUCCUUGGUAUCAAUGCUGAUCUAUUUGAGCCCGAACUAUGUCUUGUUUCCCCUUGGAUUAUCAACGAUGAUAUCGUUUCCUUCUUAACGAAAAAUCCUGAUCAUGAUCGGCUGCAGUCGAUAUGUGAUAUUGCAGCUGGGCUGGAAUACCUACAUUCACUGAGUCCUGUAAUUGUGCAUGGAGAUAUCAAAGGAGGAAAUGUUCUUGUCGAUGAGAACUGCAAUUGCCUUUUAUCAGAUUUUGGAUUGUCAAAAACACUAUCUCACACCACGGGACAAACAACGAACACGAGUUUAGGAGGGUCCGUUCGUUGGAUGGCGCCGGAACUCUUCGACCUUGAUAUGGAAAAUGGAGAGAGGCAGUACAUGUCACCCCGAGAUAUAUACGCAUUUGGAUGUACCAUCCUCGAGAUCAUGACAGGAAAACCUCCUUUUCCUAAGCUUCACGAUGCGGCCGUCAUGCACCAGAUCGUCCAUAAUCAUGCACGGCCACCAAAACCUGCCGAUGGAUGGUGCCCAGGCGACGUAUGGAACCUGGUUGAACGAUGCUGGCACAGGGAUCCAUCGCAGAGACCUGGGGCAACGGCGAUCAACGCUUACCUGAACGUGUUGAAGGAAGGAAAACCAGGGCUUGAAUUGCUACUCUGGCACCGUAUCAUCGCACCUGAAAAAUCGAUCGGAAUUGCAGCAACUAUCAAUUCUUUGGUGUCCCUGGGCUUCUCUCCGUAUGAGGUUCACAAACAGAUGCACAAGCAUGGGAACAAAAACCAGAUUGUCUUGCCUAUUCUGAGACAAGCCGCAUGUGAUAAUGUGAAUGCGAAGCAAUCUGAGGUUCUUUUCUAUACUUCAGUUGCCGCAACGACAGUCAAGGAGCUACGACGAACGAAUGUUUAUUAUCAGACUUCGAGUGGGCAAAUAGUCGAAGCUCGCACUGAUAGGCAGGAGGUGACAACCAUUUUCAGGGCUGCAUUAUUCAGCCCUCUUGCUGCCAUCAACUACAACGGCGGGGAAGAGAUACGUGUUUAUUAUCUGGACCAGGAUUCUAUUCUUCAGGAAUAUUGUCGCUCCGGGAGUGGUCAGUGGUAUUUUGGUGACCUCGGUGAUCUCAAGGUCAAAGCCGGCUACAAUACGUCUUUGGCCGCUAUCUGUUGGAAUGACAGUAGUAUUCUUCAAAUUCGCGUCUUUUAUCAAGAAUUCGAGUCCAACGUUAUCAGGGCAGUAGGUCGUGAUACUGGCUCUUGGCACAAGCGCGAAAUGUUUAUCUCUGGCGCUGUUCAUGGUACUGCACUUUCGAUCGUCAGGAUCUGGUACCGCGGGGUCCCACACAUUCGAAUCUAUUACCAGGAUGCUGGUCUAUUUAUCCGUGAAAUCUGUUGCAAUGAUCGCACUGAGCGAUGUUACCGAGGUUGGUAUUCGACAGAUUUUUUGGCUGAAUGA